UGUUUUUUUCUGACAGAUUUUUUUUGAGGGGUGAAGGAGAAAUUGUUGCGCAGUCGUUACUUUGCGCAUCAGCUGUCCUGAACUGCACCUGAUGUAAACAUUUAAAAAUCCUUUGUGAAUUUAUUUGUUUAAAAUAAUUACUCCCAGAUUUGAGAAAAUAAACAAAUAUUGUGAACUCGCACAUUGUGAAAGGAAUUUUAAUUUCUUGAUUUUUUAAAUAACAAGUGGAUUAUUUAAUUGUUUAAAUCAUUAAUUUACACUCAAGAAUACAAUAAAUAAUUGAAAAAUGGCAGAAGAAGCUGAACAAGUACCGGCAAUUAACGUUAAAGAACCUCUAGAUUUGAUCAGAUUGAGCCUAGAUGAACGAAUCUACGUUAAAAUGCGAAAUGAAAGAGAACUUCGUGGUCGAUUACACGCAUACGAUCAGCAUUUAAAUAUGGUCCUUGGAGAAGUUGAAGAAACUGUAACAACUGUGGAAAUCGACGAGGAAACCUACGAAGAAGUUUAUCGUACAACAAAACGAAACAUUCCAAUGUUAUUCGUCAGAGGUGACGGCGUUAUCCUCGUUUCUCCUCCCAGUAUGCGACCGACGGCUUAACUACAUUUACAAAUAAUUUGUUUUUUAAGGUCGGUUUUUUAAUAUUUUUCACCUUGUCUCUAUUUUGUAUUUGAUUAAAUUUUUUUUGACUUUCCUAA